ACACACAUAAGGCCUAGGGGUACCAGUUAUACAUUGACUUGUUCAUUCAAUGCUAACCCAUUGGCUAAUUCUGUCACAUGGUCACGUAAUGGUACAACAUUGGAUCCUACUGCUUACACACAUAUCAGUGUAAAUAAUCAAUCAAACUCUUCGCAGUUGAUAUUCUCACCACUGGAAGGACUGGAUGAUAGUGGAGAGUAUACUUGUGAAGUAUCUAAUGGAGUUUUAACUAGGAGUAGAUCAUUAUUGAAUCUUACUGUUCAAGUUAAUCCUAGUCCAGUUGGUAGUUUGAUGGCUCCUACUAUUGAUAUCACAAAUACAAGUGUUAGGCUAACAUGGACAUUAGGUUUUAAUGGAAAUGCAGCAUUGACUGGAGGUAGUGUAUCAUAUACUGCUAUAUCUAAUGGAGUUGGUUCUGGUCAAUCUUCCUUUACUGGAGAGACUGUUAUUGAAUACACUGUGACUGGUCUACUACCUUUUACUACAUACAGGUUCAGUGUGUCUGUUACUAAUUCUGUUGGUGAUAGUACUGUACAGACUGUAGAAGCAACCACAAUAGCAAAUGCUCCAAAUGCUCCAACUCUUGAUAGUGUUACACCAGUUAACUCAACUGCACUUGAAGCUACCUGGAGAGAUAAUACUGAUCCAAUGAUACAAAGUGCAGUGAUUACAUACAGUGUGGUAUAUUAUCAACAAGGACAGGAUUCAUCAUCAGUUACAUUGACAGUCAAUGCUCCUACUACUACAGUAAUGAUAGGUGGUUUAUCUAAAGGAACACAUUACAUAGUACAAGUAUAUGCUACUAAUACUAUUGGAUCCAGUUCAUCAAGUAACCUAUUGACCACCAGGACUAAUAUUGAUUCUCCCUCUCCAGCCACUGAUAUCACUGGCCUCACCCAGCUUUGCAUAGGCAAGGACUAGGUACUUGGUUUGUCUG